UGCCCGUUUUGGUUGGUGGUGGUUCUUCACGGACCAAAAUAUGCCCGAGCAGUCAAUAAUACCCGAAAAAGACGAACGAACCACGGUGUGCAAGAAGACAAAAUUUGGGAAUGUCUCGCGAAAGGUAAACCACCACACACACGGUGGCUUUUCCGAAGUGCAACGUGUUUCUUUGUAGACUUCUGGGUGCACAAAUCGGGUGUCUCUCCCCGCACGUGUCGUGUCGAAUCGUUUUCCUUUUCACGCGGAAAGAGUUUCGAAACAGGCGAGCAUUCCACCACGCUGAGGAACGGUUCGUAGUGACGGAGAAGCCUCCCGGUGCCUGUAAUUAGUAUUGUCUUGUCACCGUGCAUUUCCGGCCGGCGUAGGCACACCGUGGAAGUGGGUGCAGCAACAGCAGCAUGGUGCAUUGAGCACUUGCCAACACCUGACGAGCGAGAGCGAUCCACCUGACACCCCCGUCGCGCACUUGAGAUUUGGUGUGGUGAUCCGGUGUGACGACGAAAGCAUUCGUGCGUGAAAGUGGGUCAACGCUCUCUGAGGUCCAGCAGGCACCGCAGCGAAGAGGCCGAUCGGAUCAAACGUCCCCAGUUGCUGACUGGCGCAAGACGAUGUCGGUUGAUCUGCAGAAGCACCGGGACGCCAUCGUUGGUGCGUGGAAAUCGGUCUGCGAUCGGAAAACCGCCACCAAUUGGGCACUGUUCGGGUACGAGGGACAGACGAACGUGCUGAAGCUGCAGGAAACGGGCGAAGAUGGCAUUUCGGAACUGGCGGCCGAGCUAAACUCGGGCAAAAUUCAGUACGCUUUCCUGCGGGUAGACAACAGUGAAACGGGCAUUGCAAAGUUUGUUUUCAUAAACUGGCAGGGCGAAGGAGCGCCCAUCGCUAGGAAGGGAACAUGUGCGAAACAUGUGCGCGAUGUCACGGGCCUGCUACACGGUGCCCAUAUUACGGUGCACGCGACCAACGAGGACGACGUCGAGGAGGCACGCAUACUGGAGAAGCUGCAGAAGGUGGUGGUGAACGAUUUCAAAGUGAAGGAUUACUCACAAGCGAUCGAUUCACCCAAACCAGUCGGCACGAACUACAGUCGAGUCAAUCCGACGAAGGAGAUCAAUCCGGCCGAGCGGGAUGAGUUUUGGCGUAAGGAAGAAGAGGAGGAAAAGCAUCGACUGCAGGCGGAGUACGAGCGAAAGCUCAAUGAAACAGUAUUGUUGGAACAGGAACGACGUCGACGAGAGGAACGCGAAUUUGAGAAGCGCGAGGGCGCAACGGGCGGUGCAGCCAGUGCGCUGUCUGCUUCUCCAGCUUCCCCCGACCGCAGCUACGCCCGGCAAGCGUCCGAUCAGAGCAAAACGGAACGCGAUCGAGAAAUCAAGCAGGUGGUUGAAGCGAGCGCAAAAGUUAGCAGCGCGAAGGCACGCUUCCUGAACAGCACAGCACAGCUAAGCCCAACGCACAUUCAGGCCGAGGUAGCCCAGGAGUUGACGGAACCUCCCUUCUCACCGACGGCAUCCUUUGAAGAACGCAGUAUUAUCAACGAGCUCAAGGCGGAGCUGGAAAGCGAGCGCCAAAAUGGCACCGACACGCCACCGGGCUUGGGAGUGACGGGCACGGUAGCGACCGAGGAACCGCUCGUAUCACCGGAAGUGCCCGAAGAGGUGGCCGUUGCGCAGCAGUACUUCGAUCCGAACGCGACGAUCGAUCUGUCCGACGAGGACAAUAUGAUCCGGGCGCGGGCAUUGUACGAUUACCAGGCAGCGGACGACUCCGAGAUCAGCUUCGAUCCGGACGACAUUAUCACGCACAUCGAUCAGAUCGAUGAGGGUUGGUGGCAGGGGCUGGCACCGGACGGUACCUAUGGUCUCUUUCCAGCCAACUACGUGGAGCUCAUUUAAAGCAUUUAGACAUUUUAGCAUUCGCACACCCAUCGUUAUCAUUGUUUACUCGCUGUGCGAAGAAGGAACGACAGCAACAGAUGCAUCACAUUAAGAUAGUCCUGUUAACAUAGGUGCAUAAUACGAUCACCGCGAUUAGAGCAUAACUGUAGCGCGAUACACGCACACCUAUAUACACCAUCCCCCCACGUAACACGCACACACACACACACUAAAAGCCCGCUCGAUCAAUGGGCCAGCGAAGCCCGCCUUUCGAUUAGUGUCUCGGUGUUUUCCGGUUCUGGUACCGAUGUAUUUGAUCGGUAAUUCGCUUCACAUUCGCUGUCCGGUUCGGGUCCCAUUCUAGACUAAUAAUAGAUAAGCGUUUUAACUAUUUAAUUGUACACACCGAUCCGCAUAUAACGAAGUCCCUCCCCCGGGGGAGGAUGAAUGCUCACCCGGUCGGGGAAAAGACUAAAUGCUCGUUAAAGAAAUACACACGAAAAAAAAAAGGAAA